AAACCCAAAAAUAAUUUGUUCCGUAGCCUUUCUUCAAAGCAUUCCCUUUGUAUUUCUUUUCCCUUUCCCUCCAUUCCCACUCUCUCCCCCACCAAACCAAACAUUUUCAUCCAAAAGAAAGAAAAUAAAAACGGAUCGAAUCUCUUCAUGUCAUCACAACUACUCUUGAUCUUGCUAUGGGUCCAGGUAAUGAUCACAGUCCCCGGGCUCCUAGCAAUGCCACCGCAGUCCCCGAUCCUCUGCGGGCCCGCCGGCUGCAAACUCUCCAACUCGUACGGCAUGUGGGGCGACCGGAAGGACUGUACCGUCUCCAACGUGGCCUAUCCAACCACGGAAGAAGAGCUGAGAUCGUCUGUGGCCAGCGCAGUUAGGAACAAGCUGAAGGUGAAAGUGGUCAGCAAAUUCUCUCAUACCAUCUCGAAACUGGCGUGCCCGGCCGGAACAGACUCCGUGAACAAGUCUAUCCUCAUAAGCACCGAGAAGUACAAUUCCGGGAUCGAUAUCGACGUCCCGAAUUUGGCUGUCACCGUGAAUUCUGGGGUUCCGCUGAGGAGUCUCAUUGACAAGGUUGAAGAGGCGGGGCUGAGCUUGGUGGCUGCGCCGUAUUGGGAGGGAGUGAGCGUGGGAGGGCUCAUCUGCACCGGGGCUCACGGCAGCUCAUGGUGGGGACGCGGUGGCGCUGUUCACGACCACGUGAUUGGCCUCAGCCUCGUGGUCCCAGCCCCCCAAUCGGACGGCUACGCAAAGAUCAUCAGAUUAGAGGGCCAGGAUCCACUCCUCGAUGCUGCCCGGGUCUCCCUGGGAACCCUGGGUGUGAUCUCUAAGGUGAAGCUGUCACUAGAGAAAGGGUUUAAGAGAAGCAUCACAUACAACUUCACCGGGGACGAAGGGUUGGAGAACAUGUUCAUGGAUCAUGCCAGGAAGUACGAGUUUGCAGACAUUACAUGGUACCCGUCGAAGCACACCGCCGUCUAUAGGUAUGACUUCAGGGUGCCUCUGAACCAGUCGGGGGAUGGCAUCUACGACUUCCUCGGCUUCCAGUCCAAUUCAGUCCUCGUCUCUAAGUCGGUGCGAGCAACCGAGAAAUCGCUGGAGAGUGCGAAGAAUGUGGCUGGCAAAUGCUUGCUGGCGUCCACGACCAUAGCUUACAAGAAGCUGAUAGCUAACGGACUGAAAAAUGGCCUAAUCUUCACCGGCUACCCGGUGAUCGGCCUCCAGGGGAAGAUGCAGACCUCUGGAUCGUGCCUGUACACAUCCUCUGCGAGGAUUGACCAGACCUGCGCUUGGGACCCACGGAUCGAUGGCCUCUUCUUCUAUGAAAGCACGGCGAUCUUCCCGGCCCAAAAGUUCGGGGACUUCAUAAGGGAUGUUAAAAAGCUCAGGGACCUGAACCCGCAAAACUUUUGCGGGGUGGAUAUAUACAACGGUCUCCUGAUUAGGUUCAUAAAAGGGUCUAAGGCUCCAUUGGGCCAAACCGAGGACUCGGUUGUGGUGGACUUCAAUUAUUAUCGAGCAAAUGAGGCCUCGACCCCGAGGUUGAACCAGGACGUGUGGGAGGAAGUCGAGCAAAUGGCAUUUUUCAAGUACGGUGCAAGGCCGCAUUGGGCAAAGAACAGGAAGGUCGCCUUCAUUGGAGUGGCCCAGAAGUACCCGAAUUUCGCAGCAUUCUUGAAAGCAAAGAGCCAGUUGGACCCACAGAAUGUGUUCUCAAGUGAGUGGUCCGACGAGUUCUUGCUCGGGAAGGAAGGUGAAAAGGGCGACGGGUGUGCCCUGGAAGGGCUCUGCAUCUGCUCAGAGGACCGGCAUUGCAGCCUAAGCAAAGGGUACCUUUGCCGGCAAGGGCUCAUGUACAAGGAGGCUCGGGUUUGCAGGUUCACGCCAUCAUCUUUGAUUAGAAACACGUGAACUUCCGCCACCAGCGAUGCAUAAGGGCAGCUGCUGAUUGAUGAGGAUCACGCGGUAACUUGUGCAGGAGCCUACAACAAUCGUUCUAAAGAAUGUUUUCAGUCCGACAUUGAUCUUCCUUAAAACUUUAGAUAGCAAUUUUGGGAUCUUAUUUGUAUAUCUCUUUGUUUAAUAUUUUUAAGCAUAUUAUAAGAAGAUUUAUUUGCA